AGAUCAUCCAAUCUCGACACGCUAUUUAACACCGUCUUGCCUCUUGACAGAGGACGCGUUUACAUGGCAACAAGAUAGUAUUCUUUGUUGUUCUGCUGGACUGACGCGAGCCUUGGACACGACUAACUUACUACCGGCCAUGCCUCUCGUCGAAGUCCUCACGACCUCGACGUCCCUCCAGCCCGGCUGGACCUACGUGCCGGAUAAUGGAUUCGACCCGUCCAAAGCGGCCAUCAAGCCAGGUUUAGGACGCAAAAGAACCGUGCGCGAUGGCGGUAGAACGGAUUUGACGUCUAGAGAAAAUACCGCGAUCGUGAGACAUCUCGCGGAGCUGGAUCGGGAGAAUCAUCGCGACGUACAGAUUCCUAUCCCCACGAGGCAGCCGAAAGAUGCUCCUGCUAGAGGGUCGUCGAGAGCUAAGACAACCUCCAACGUCCGUCGCAUCUUGCAGUCGCAGAAGACUUUCAGGAAUUAUCUCGACGAUGAAGAAGCCGCGCUCGCGCAAGCAGCACAGCAUCAAUCUACUGCGGCAGGACACCGCGGUUCUAUAGCUAAGAUUACGAAACCUGCUGCCCGACGGAGUGCCACCCCUGCAGCAGCAGCAGCAGCAGCAGCAUCUAAACCAGAGAAAGGACGCCAGCAGAAACAACCCUCCGUAGUCCCAUCCACGACUCCAGCUCCAGCUCCCUCAGAAUCGACAGACCCUGCUACGGCAUCCCAGAAACAGGACGCCAAGACGCAGUUGAUCAAGAGCGAAUAUGAUAACGACCCUCUACUUCGAUCUUAUGUCCCCUCCGUGCCUUCGGAAAGGAUCAUGCAAGCGCUCCUGGCCGAACCGCCGCUGAUGUACAACGCAUCGCGUGCGGGCCCUCCGCUAUCCCAGAAGCCACCACGGCACUUCUGUGCUAUUUGCGGAUACUGGGGCAAAAUCAGGUGCCGGAGUUGUCAUGUCAGGACUUGCGGGCUGGACUGCUACAAGGUACAUGAGGAAUCGAGAUGUGGCGCGUUCUUCUAAGUUCGAGGUUCUGGAUGGGAUAUCACGAUUAUGUGGCCGAGGCAGUAGUGGUUCAUGUCUGAAUGCACCUAUAUGCUACUCCACCAGCGAACUUCCCCAUCGAGGACAAUAUCUUCCUCAGCAGAGGGAGAUAUCUGCAGAAACGAGUUGCGUUUCUCUGUGCUCCAUAUAAAGAUGUGGAAUAAUCAACCCUGCUAUAUGGGAACCAGGCUGCUAUAAUUCCUCGAU